GAUCAUACGGCUUGCCUCCCGCUCUCACCACCAUGGCGGACAAGACGGUGAAGACGCACACGACCAUUUCGAACAGGGAGAAACCACAAGGGAAGAAGCAGCAGGCAGCGCAGGAGAAGAAGGUCGUGUUCAAGAGCGUGCUCGAUAACCCUUACCGAAUCCAGUGGCCGAAGGUCCCCGAAAAUGUCCAAAAUCUUGUUUUCUCUCAUGCACUGUCGAUGUUGGAGGGAAUGGGCGAAUACACGACCGCGAUACGGUACAACAACCGCAAGCGCAAGCGCGUCGAACGCGCCGCAGCGAAGGAGGAGCGCUUCAAGAAGCAGCGCGUGCAGCAAGCCCCUGGUACCGAGGAAGGCGACGUUGAGAUGUCCUCUGCCGAUCCCGCAGUGUCUACUUCCUCCGGUCUGGAUACGCGCGUUCAGAAUGCUCUAGAUGACCUGGUCAACGACUCAGAACCCCCUCCCGCUCAGAAUCAUGUUGUCAUCGGGAUCAACAACGUUACGAAACGACUGGAGAAACAGACCGAACGCGUACGCUAUCCUUCUCCAAUCACCGUGAAGGCCACCAGCGCACCCGGGUCGUCUACUGAGCCUUCGGCACAACCACCUGACAAGUCCUCCUCGCCUAUCCGCCUGGUCCUCGUGUGCAGAGCAGAUGUCGAUCCACCAAUCUUGAUUGACCACAUCCCGCAUCUUAUUGCCGCGCACAAUUCCAGCACGGCUGCGGACGCACCCAUCAAGCUCGUAUGCUUGCCGAAAGGCGCUGAGCUUACUCUUGCCGACGCGGUUGGAUUGCGAAGAGUCGCGGUCCUUGCAUUCGAUGCAGAUACCCCAGGAUUGACUAGCCUUGCCGAUACGCUUGACUUGGUCCCGACCCUUGCGGCUGCAUGGCUUACAUGCAAGCCUCAUACACGCAGCCUUCCUACCAAGUCCGCACUUGCACCAAGGACGGCAGCGCUGCCGGCGUAUAUACCCACGCACGUUAAACAACUGAAGACGACCGCUCCGAAGGACAUGCGCGCCGCGAAGGAACGACGAGUGGCGGAGCGCAAGGAAGCCAAGGCGCGGAGGAAGGAGGCGGCGGAGAAGGACAAGCGGAGGAACCCCUCUGCCAUGCUCACGCGUCGCGCUCUCGCACCGAGCUUCACUUAUAUGACAGGGAUGUGGUCGUAGACCAUUAGACAUCCACUUGCUGCCUCUGUACCGUAGUAAACUGCUUGACGCGAUCCCUGAGUAUUCCUCAAAUUAUGGUGCGACUAGACUGAUUGAAUUCACGACGUGCUGUGCACCCUUGGG